UCCGAGUGAUGAUGGCUUCAUUGGUUUCAUGUGGAUCAUUUUGACUUAUUGGUCAAUUAUGGUCAAGCUGUGUCAAGGCUCUUGAAAGAGUCACGAGUUUUCAUUAUUAUCUUUUCAGCCUUCUCUCCCUGCCAGGCUUGGCCAGGAACCAUGAGGCUCUGGGUCUGCAUGGCGUUGCUCUCCGUUGUUCUGUGUGUGAGUGCUGAGAGACCAAGGAUAGUCCGAGGAGUAGCCCAGGCCGGAAAAUUUGCCCGGGAUGCAGUGGGAGGAGCAUGGGAUAUGUACAGAGCAUACAGGGACAUGCGUGAGGCGAAUUACAAAGGUGCUGACAAGUAUUUCCAUGCCCGUGGGAAUUAUGAUGCUGCCCGGAGAGGACCUGGUGGUGCUUGGGCAGCGAGAGUGAUCAGCGACGCCCGGGAGGGCUGGCAGAGCAGCGUGAGCGGCAGAGGCGCCGAGGACACCCGGCAGGACCAGGAGGCGAACAGAUGGGGCCGGAGCGGCGGGGACCCGAACCGCUACCGGCCCAAGGGGCUGCCCAGGAAGUACUAGCGCUGUACUCCGCUCCUGCCACACCUCGCUUUGUACGGCACAAUAAAGGA